AUGUCGGGCCCCGGGCCGCGGGAGCCGCCGCAGGCGGGCGGGCCGGCGGGCCCCGAGGGCGCGGAGGCUGCGCUGGGCGACGCGGGGCUGAGCUUCACGACCACCGACCUGAGCCUGGUGGAGAUGACGGAGAUCGAGUACACGCAACUGCAGCACAUUCUCUACUCGCACAUGGAGGCGGCGGCGGCCGACGGCGAGCUCGAGACGCGCCUCAACUCGGCCUUCCUGGCGGCGGCGGCGCCCGGCGCGGCGGCGGGAAGCUUCGCGUCGGCGGGGGGCGCGGCAGCGGCGGCGGCGGGGGGCGCGCCGCCCGUGUACCCGGUGCUGUGCCCGCCCGCGCUGGCCGACGGCGGCUUCGCAGGCGCCAACCAGUGCCUGGGCCACAUCGACUUCCAGGAGCUGCGCAUGAUGCUGCUGAGCGAGGCGGGCGCGGCUCCCGCCGCCGAGAAGACGCCGGGCGCCGACGGCCCGGGCCCGGGCGCACCCCGGCCCAAGGCGCCCGACGGCGCCGGCAAGGAGAACGCGGAGGGCGCGCCCGAGGCGCGGGCCAAGUCGGCGGUGCGCGUCCGCCUGGAGGACCGCUUCAACAGCAUCCCUGCCGAGACCCCGCCCGCCCCGCGUGGCGCGGAGCCCCCGGAGCCCGGCGUGGCGCUCAACAAUUUGGUAACUCUUAUUCGCCAUCCAUCCGAACUAAUGAAUGUUCCUCUUCAUCAACAACAAAACAAAUGUACAACAUUAGUGAAAAAUAAAACUGCUGCUGCAACUACUGCUUUGCAAUUUACAUACCCUCUGUUUACUACAAAUGCUUGCUCUACUAGUGGAAAUUCUAAUAUUUCACAAACACAGAGUUCUAGUAACUCAUGUUCUGUACUUGAAACUGCCAAGCAUCAGGAUAUUGGAUUGCCAAGAGCAUUUUCUUUCUGUUAUCAGCAAGAAAUUGAAUCCACUAAGCAGACUUUGGGUAGUAGAAACAAAGCUUUGCCUGAGCAGGUUUGGAUUAAAGUAGGAGAAGAAGCGCUAUGUAAACAAGCCAUAAAUAAGAGGAAUCGGAGUAGGAUACGUCAGUUGGACACAAACGUAGAACGAAGAGCCCUUGGAGAGAUUCAGAACGUGGGCGAAGGCUCCACGGUGGCACAGGGUGCUUGGCAGUCAGCAGAGUCGUCCCAGGCCACCCUCGGUGAGCAGACCCAGAGCGGGCCGCAGGGGGGCCGGUCCCAACGCAGGGAGAGGCACAACCGCAUGGAAAGAGACCGAAGGCGCAGAAUCCGCAUUUGCUGUGACGAGUUGAACCUUUUAGUCCCGUUUUGCAAUGCCGAAACUGAUAAGGCCACGACUCUGCAGUGGACCACAGCAUUCCUGAAAUACAUUCAGGAGAGGCACGGAGAUUCUCUUAAAAAGGAAUUUGAGAGUGUAUUUUGCGGUAAAACUGGCAGAAGGCUAAAGCUGACCAGACCAGACUCCUUGGUGACGUGUCCUGCACAGGAGAGUCUACAGAGCAGCCCAGCUAUGGAGAUCAAGUGA